UGUCAGUUCAGCCACUUCCUCUGAUCACAGUGAUCAGAGAUUAGUGUGAGGAAAGCAGAAGCGACUAGCUGUCAUAAGAUAGAAGCACAGAUAGGCUUAUUUUUACAGACAGAGAGCCAUGGACACACUGAGGACAGGUGUGUUUGCGCUGUCCCUAUUAGCGGUGCCUGUUUCCUGUUCUGAUAAUUUUUUCACUGAACCAGUCAUCUGCUAUUUCCUGGAUGGAUUUCUGAUCCUUUAUUGCAUCAUUGUCACAGGGUUCUUCUUCAGAGAAAAGUUUUCCAAAGGCCCAUCUGUUGGAGUCACUCAGGAAGAAAAUGGCAUUUAUCAGGAACUUGAGAGACCAAAAGAUGCUGAUCCUUAUGAGGUGCUUGACCCAUCAAAAAGAAAGAAAAAGAAGAAAAAGAAACCUGAGACGGCGAGGGACCCCUUUGAGUCUUUGAUUCCCAGUACCUCAUCUUCUCCUCGUCCUGUUCCUCCUCUGUCUCCCCACUGACAUCCUACAGUGUCAGCAGCAGUGUUGCUAAACACAAUUUGAGUCAUUUAUUAAACAACAACAACAAAAAAAUCUAUGUUGUGGCUUCAGCUUCUCAGACAUGAGGAUUUGCUGCAUUUUUAUCCUUUAUGUAAUUCUAAAUUAAAUGUGUCUAGUCAGAGAAAACAGUUUUUCUUAAGUCACUUUGUAUUUGUUUUAUGUUGUGAUAAGCUUUUCUCUCAUGUUAUACAAUUAAAAACUAACAAUGAACCCUACAUUAAGGCUAAAAACAAACUUUUUAUGAGUUCAGAUAUUUGAUGCAACCAUUUUUACAUCUUUGAGGUUGUACUUGCACAGCAGUUGAUAAUGCUAAACAGUGAUUAUCAACCACAGUAAAACCAGCAGACAGAUAAAGGGAAUAUCAUCAACAGUCUUCUUAAAAUGCAACUUUCUGCUGGGCUCUGACCAUAGACUGUAUAUUGUAAAUACAGACCUUUAUAUUGCUGUUGCCUAAGUGCCCCCCCCCCAUAUCAGUCCAACUGCAGUCUGAAUCCAAAUCAAACCUGAAUCAGUUCAACUAUCCCUGUGUCAGUUUGAGCCAUGGAGGCCCCACCUUGCAACCCACAGCACCAAAAGAAUCUACAACAUACUGAAGCCAGAGAUGACUGGACAUCCCCUUGCCGCAACCUGCCAAAGCCGGUGGAUUCUACUGCAGCAGAUCAGUGUGAAUGAUAUUAUUUAUAAUAUUUGGCUGCUUGAAUUACAUGUUUUCAGAAACUGCUCAUCUACUGGGAUUCUCUCACAGAUACAUCUCUAGGGUUUAAAGAGAUGAAAACAAAAAUAUCUGGUGAGCGGAAAGGAAGCAAAUGGUAACUCAACCCCCCCUCCCUAAAAAAAACACUUGUUACACAACUAAAGUAUGCAGAAGAGCAUCUCUGAACAAAGACUCCUGAAACAAAUGGGCCACAGAAGACCACACCGGGUGUCACCAUCAUUAGAAAAGAACAGGAAACCAAGGCUAUGGUUCGGCUGGACGCACCAACAGAAUAUUGGAAAAAAAGAAAAACACUUCCUGGUCUUAGGAGUCUCAAUUUCUGUUACAACUUCAGAUGGUAGGGCCUUGUAGGGAUGGUAGGUUAAAUGUGUUGUAUGGGACGACUUCUUGGCACACUUUGGGCCCUUUUGCAUCAACUUGGCAUUCAUCAUUUAAACAGCAGAGACUGAGUAUUGUUACUGUCCAUGUCCAUCCCGUUAUAACCAAAGUGUACCAACAAAUCAAUUUUUGAGAUUUUUGUCCUAAAUGUUGUAUAGAUGGAAGCAAAAUCUGUCUGGCACUGAUGUAAAAUAAUUCAAAUUUGUACAUUUAAUCCCAAUAAAAGACAAAGCACAUGUCAAAACACUUGGAAAAUGGUUUAAUGAUGUUUACAACAAAAGAGAACUGUACAUUUACAGUAAAAGAUUAUCUUUAUAUGUGUAUAAAAACAAAAAUACAGCAGACAAAUGCAUCAAAAUCUACUAUGUAUCCUGAUUCACAUACUUAAAACUUCUACACAAUCUUUCAGCUCUAUGCCGCCAUCUCUGGAGGCCUUUUUUUUUUGUCGUUUUUGUCGUAUUUAGAUCGGAGCAGUGUCCCUCAGUGUUGUAUUCCACAAUGGAAACCAAAACUCAUUACAUUCGAGUCCUGGAAGUCAAUUAAUAUCAGACUGCAGAA